AUGGCCGCCGCGAAGAGCUACAAAAGAGACGGGCAAGGUGCACGGAAUGUCCACCUCCUCCGUCGAGCUCCCUCUCUCGUGCAGCACAUUGGAGCACUCGGGGAUAGCGGCUUGCGCCCAAGCGCUGAGUACCCAGCGCAACCCAUUCUGUCAAACUGCAUCCAGCUACAGCAGACACGUCUGACACAGAUUGACUUGCGUGCAAAGCUGCAGGGGCCCAGGCAGACCAAACUGUCAGGAGCCGACGAUCAAUCUGGGGCAGAGCCCAUAAGGGCAGUAAACCAGCCAGGCCUCGAUAAAUUGCCACAGCUUCUCGACCGAUCGGCGACUGACUAG